AUGAACCCCUCUACCUCACGCCUGAUCUCCGCAACAAGGCUCCCUACGGCGCCUUCUUUGGCUUCACCACUCACGAGGAAUUCUCUCAUGGAUAUUCGCUCCGCGCUCUCGAGUUAUGUCCAUCCACCUCCCGACUACAAGGAAAAGCAUGCCGCCGUACUAGUGCCACUGUGCAACGUGAAUAAUAUAUCCGGGAUGCUCUUGGAAGUUCGAGGAAACCGAUUGCGCGCACAUUCGGGAGAGGUGAGCUUCCCAGGAGGACGUGUAGACGACACUGAUGCAAGUUUUGACUCUGCCGCACUUCGUGAAACCCAUGAGGAAGUGGGGAUCUCGCCCGACCAAAUCGAAUUACUAGGGCAAUUCGGUCCCCCUGUGCUCUCUCUGGGUGGCCUACGCGUCUACGCAUAUGUUGGCUUCUUGCACGCUAGCGUUGCGGCACGCAUGGCCGUAGACUCGCUAGGGCCGGACGAGCCACUGCCUUCGGUGGAUCUCGCCAGCCUCACACUCUCCCCAAAAGAGGUCGCACAAGCUUUCCAUCUGCCUUUCAGCGCCGCCUGUGAUACAAAUCGAUUACGCAAUCACCUGUUUCGCGGAGGCGAGCCAUAUCCGACAGUCGACGUUACGGAUCUCGUCACAGGCGUAGACUGGGCGAAGCAAGGAUCCACACCGGUGGAUGAAGUGGGAGGUGGUCGCGCCGGCCGCCUCGAAGUCUGGGGUCUGACCGGAUGGUAUCUCUCAGUCUUUCUUCAUGCUUUAGGUAUAGAGCGUCAAUGGAAACAAUGA